ACCAGGAGCAUCCAUUCCUUCUGAGCCAUCUCUGCCCAUAGGGGUGUGGUGUGCCCUCCGGUCACAAGAUAACAUUGCAGCACACUGCAGGAAGCCCAAGAGACACACGCACGCACGCACGCACGCACGCACGCAGUACGGACAAAGCCUUUGUUCUAGUGCAGAUCUGGAGGGAGGGCUCACUGGCUCAACACAGCUUGAAAGCUGUACCGGUGGCAUGCCGUCUGGAGCCAAGGGUACAAAAGAUUCAAUGGUGCCGAGACCUGCCAAAGGCGGCAAAGCCCUACAAGCCAUGCACAAGGUCAUUCUGGGCCAGCAAGAGGAAAGGAAAAUAAAGGGGAAAUCAACACUUGGGCCAGGUCAGUGGGUUGGAACUUUCAAGUCAAGUAGACUGAGUGUGAACCCUCCAGCUGUGGAGGCGCAGAGCAGGCCGCACAGACACUUGCCAGGUGAGUGAGUGCUGAAUACCCUCUAAGCCAGUUUCCUCGUCAGAAAGACCAGUGAUGUAAUUCUCACCUUGCAGAACAGAGUAAGAAAAGACAGUGCUAAGAAACAGGUAAGACGUGGUAGGUUAGGCACCAGGGUUCUUCAGCAGUUCUGCCUAACCUGGCAGGUAGUUUCCACAUUAGGUCUAGCACCAGCCUGGGAGGUAGGUGGGGGCAGGGGCCGGGCCAGGCACUGAAGCGAGGCCAGGCCGGGUAGAAGCCAGCUCCCGGUGGUUGGGCAGCUCACUCGCCUCCCUGCCUCCCCGCCAUGGCCCUCCCUCUGCCCUGGUUCUCCCGAUGUUGCAGCCGCCACCGCCUCCUGCCUUCCUGGUCCCUGGCUCCCCAGGGCUCCCGGACGUGCUGCUCCCAGAGCCCUAAAGCGAACGCAGAUGAGCCGAGCAGCUCCACAGGCAGUGGGAAGAUGAGGUCCCCCACUAAGGGCCCGCAGCCCAGCCGCACAGCUGAGCUGGCACAAGCGGAGGAGUUGCUGGAGCAGCAGCUGGAGCUGUACCAGGCCCUGCUCGAGGGGCAAGAAGGGGCCUGGGAAGCCCAGGCCCUGGUGCUCAAGAUCCAAAAGCUGAAGGAACAGAUGAGGAGACACCGCGAGAGCCUGGGAGGAGACACCUAAGCCUCCCCGUCCUCACUUCCUCUCCAACACUGGAAACACUGCGCACUGCCCGGCCUGAGCCCUGCGGUCAUGACCGGCCUCUCCCAGGCCACUACGGAGAACAGGACACGCCUCCACAAAGGGCCAGAAAUUGGGAAGCAGUGACCUCUAGUGUUUUUAGCCACAUCCCCACUUUGACCCCUCCCCGACCUCCGCCCCCCAGCAAGGUGUAAGUCCUUACAGGAAUACACCCCAGACCACACCCCAAAGUAAACUCACCCCAAGUCCAAUAAAGGGAAGGAGCGUUUACAGA